ACUUUGGUUUGAUUUGAAGGAGAGUAUAAAAGGGGUGGUUUUAGAAUUUAGCAAUAGCUUUUCCUUCCCUUCGGGAUUUGUCAUUGAAAAGUUUAAGAAUACAAGGAGAGUGGAAAACGAUUUUCCCGGUGGAUGCCUGAGGAAUUGAACUGAUUUUUCCGUUCUCCGGCAGCUUCCCGCCGCUCUCCGAUCUCUCCUCCUCCGUCUUCUUCCUUCUCCUUCACCAGCAUUCAUACACCACCACCUGCUUACUCCUCCAGUAGGGCUUUGUGUGUUCAAACAUGGAGUCGAUUUCGCCGGUCAUGGGACCGACGAAGAUUCUUCUCCCCGGGAGGAGAGCUCUCUGCCGACGUAAUGAUCUCUUUGCUAUUUCUCCUCGGCGGAGCUCGGCGGUGAGCCGGAGGCUCAGUACUGUUCGGGUGAAAGCUGCUGAGAGCUGGAAGACCGGCAUUGACUUCAGCGAUCCUGAUUGGAAGGUGAAGUACCAGAAGGAAUUCGAAUCUCGCUUCAACAUUCCUCACAUCACUGAUACAUUCCCCGACGCCGUUUCCUAUCCGUCCACUUUUUGCCUCAAGAUGAGAACACCAGUAAGUGAAGUUUUUGCACGAGGGUACCCCUCGGAUGAAGAAUGGCAUGGUUAUGUCAAUAAUAAUGACAGAGUGCUUCUUAAGACAAUCUAUUACUCAUCUCCGACAUCUGCUGGUGCGGAGUGCAUUGAUCCUGGAUGUACAUGGGUAGAACAAUGGGUUCACCGUGCCGGUCCUCGUGAGAAAAUAUACUACAAGCCAGAAGAAGUAAAAGCAGCUAUUGUGACUUGUGGUGGGCUUUGUCCUGGUCUCAAUGACGUUAUAAGACAUAUAGUCAUCACACUAGAGAUAUAUGGUGUGACAAAGAUUGUUGGAAUUCCAUUUGGAUACCGUGGCUUUUCUGAUGAUGGUCUUGCUGAAAUGCCUCUAUCAAGGAAAGUAGUUCAAAACAUCCAUCUCUCUGGGGGGAGCUUGCUAGGAGUCUCACGUGGAGGACCUAAAGUCAGCGACAUUGUGGACAGUAUUGAGCAAAGAGGAAUCAAUAUGCUUUUUGUGCUAGGUGGAAACGGCACACAUGCUGGUGCUAAUGCUAUCCAUGAUGAGUGUAUCAAAAGACGUUUAAAGGUGGCUGUGGUUGGUGUACCAAAAACAAUAGACAAUGAUAUUCUGCUCAUGGAUAAAACCUUUGGUUUUGAUACUGCAGUGGAAGAAGCACAAAGAGCAAUUAAUUCUGCUUACAUUGAGGCUCAUAGUGCUUAUCGUGGCAUUGGGGUUGUGAAGUUGAUGGGUCGUAGCAGUGGCUUUAUAGCAAUGCAUGCAUCACUAGCUAGUGGGCAAAUUGAUAUAUGCUUAAUUCCAGAGGUACCAUUUAAUCUGGAUGGACCACAUGGUGUACUGAGACAUCUAAAGUAUCUGCUUGACACAAAGGGUUCAGCUGUACUCUGUGUGGCUGAGGGUGCAGGCCAGAUUUUCCUUAAGAAAACAAAUGCCAAGGACGCAUCUGGAAAUACCGUGCUUGGAGACAUUGGUGUUCAUAUACAGCAAGAGAUAAAGAAGUACUUCAAGGGGAUCGGAGCACCAGCAGAUGUGAAAUACAUCGAUCCUACAUACAUGAUCCGUGCAUGCCGCGCAAAUGCAUCAGAUGGGAUUCUCUGCACUGUACUUGGUCAAAAUGCCGUUCACGGUGCGUUUGCUGGAUAUAGUGGCAUCACAGUGGGAAUAUGCAACACACACUAUGUCUACUUUCCUAUUCCCGAAGUCAUUUCUCAGGCGAGAUGUGUGGACCCCAACAGCCGAAUGUGGCACCGUUGUUUAACGUCCACAGGUCAGCCUGACUUUAUUUAGUUUCUCCAGAAAAUGAAUCAAAUUAUUUAUACUCAGCAUUCUGUUCAAGUGAAAAUAACAGAAAACAGGUAGGGAUUUCCAUAUUUUUCCUCCCAUUAGCUGUGAAAUGCUGAGGCCAAAUCAUUCUUUUUCUUUCUUUUUUUUCUCCCUUCAAAAUAGAAUUGAUUUGUUGUGAUAUAAGAACACCAUGUGGGGAGUAUUGAUUGGUUCAUUGUUGUAACUAUUUACAAAAAAAAUAACAUAAUAGAAAUAAAUUCAUGUUUGUGUG